GUUCUCCACCCCCCCCAACUGACUACCCAGACACAUGGGCGCCCAUUAGUACGCAACGAGGACGAUAACAAUAGUCAACAGAGGGCAUCCCACCCUACCACAAAACGGUUAACGAGACGAACCGCAAAUCUCAUACGGCAACCAAUACAGACUUGUCCAAACGAAUCGGGCAAAGGGAAUAAAUCCAAAACAGAAAUCCCUGAACCCCGCAAUAUCGCACGAUAA